AUGACUCAACCAAAUGCAUUACCGCCGAUAGAGCCGCUAGCUGCCCUUAUGACAGAUCCCCGACCGCCAUCUCCAUGUCAUUCACGAAUAGACGAACGGGAGGCACUUGAGCUCCAUGAAAUCCAAACCCGCGAAGAUAACGAGCUGAAUGAGUCCUCGGCAUCCGCUUCAUCGGGAGACGAGUACCGAAUUACUACGCGUCGAACAACCUCUCGUGCUACACAACGAUCGCAUAAGGACCGAACCGGUCUGUGGGGUCGUCUCUGCCGUUUUUGGACGCACCAUGUCACCAUCACUGUACCACACAAGGGUAACCGGGACCAUUAUGCUUUAGAAAGAACAUUCCUCGCCUAUAUCCGAACGUCGGUUGUCAUUGCGAUGCAAGGGGUAGUCAUCGCACAACUAUUCCGGCUUCAACGAGCGCCAUCCGAUGCGGACCGCCUUCGAUUCUAUCAAGUCGGUAUCCCGCUUUCUGUCACCUGCCAUUGUGUGGCUGUUUUUGUGGCGCUUAUUGGGGCCUAUCGAUUCUGGAGGCAGCAGAGUGCGAUCUCCCUUGGGAAAGUUCACGCGGGAGGUUGGGAACUGAACUCUGUGGGGAUAUUGCUCUUUUGCAUUAUUCUUGUUACUCUGGUUAUCUCAGUUGCCAUCAUUAUUGAGAUUGAUGAGUCGCCAACUACUUGGCUUCGUCGAAUAGUGACAUAG